AUGCCUUACUCGACGAGCAUGGCGAGCGGGCGCUGCGACAAGCCGCCAGCUGGCAGCCGUCGCCCCGCCGACGUCGCACCGCCCGCGUUCGCCCCUCCUCGCCCUCGCCAACCACCUGCCUCGCUCGACUUCCCGGGCCCACUGAGGCGUCUCGUCGCCGUCCCGGCAGCAUCGUCGACAAUCCCGCAGAAGCGCGUCCUGCGGCCGAGACCGCCCGUCGUGCCGUCGGCGGCGGCCUCAUCAAGCUCUACCUCGUCGCGCAGCUCGGCCAACACAACGCGCGACAGCCGCCAGGUGCAGGCCAAGAAUCGCCAGUGGAACGACGAGGAGAGCGCGCUCGCUCAGCGCGCGGCGGAGCAGCACGGCCGGAGGUGGGCCUCGGUCGUCGAGGAGCUUGCCGCCGCCGGGUACAAGCGCAGCGAGAAGGCGGUCCAGAAGCACUUCGAGAAGCUGAAGGCGACGGCGGAAACCGGUACCGAAUUGCUCUACGGCGACUGGACGCCCAAGGAGGACCGCGAGGUCCUCAAGAUCGGCGACGAGUACGCCUGCGAGGACGACGAGCGCGGCGCAGAGAACGUCGACUGGGUGCGCGAGGCCGCCCGCGUCCCGGGGCGCUCCCGGCAUGCCCUCAGCUUGCGCCUGUCGUACCUGCGCAGGUCGGCCGGUCGCACCCGCAAGUACAAGCCGUCGCGCGCGUCUGCCGUCGAGGAGGACGAGUCGCUCGAGGAGGGCUCGGCGAGCCCGGCCUUUCAGGAGGGAGCAGCCGACGCCGCCUCGAGCGUCCCGGCACAGUCGCCGGGCCUUCCUCAGCCCGUCGACCCGACAACCUCGCUCUCGACGAGCCGACACGUCGCCGCCACACCUCCGGUCCUCAGCACUCCUCCUCUCGACUCGACACUCGCGACUGGUCCGCCUGCGCCUACGCCCGCCUCGCCCACGCUGGCAAAGCGUCGUCGCCUGGCGGUCGGCUCCGGCACGCUCGAGGACGGGUCGGCAACGAUGUCGCGGCGGCCCCUCGGUCGAGACGGUGCAGGGGAGCACGAGAAGUGGGGGGACUGA